AUGUACCGGCAAGAAGCAGCAAAGGUGGGAGUUACACAUGCGAAUGUCAGUUCACGUGGGGACUCAUGGAAAGAAACUGAAAAAUAAAUAGACACGUAGACUAUCGUGGAUAGUCCAGGAUAGUCUGUUCCGUUGUUGCUUCAGUAACCUUUAAAGUCGCCACUUUAUCGUUCUCUCUCAGUAUUGAGCCAACGUUUACUUCGACACGUACGACGUUUCCACAAUUCCAUUAGCUCUUCAGAGCUCUUGGACAGUUCAUUGUUUAGUUGUAAAUUGUGACUAACAUUAAGUCACAUUACUUUAAGUCUAAAGUUCUGACUAAGAAAAGUAAUUUUCUUUAUUUUGUCGUGUGUGUUAUUUAAUAUUUUAUUGGUGGCUACGGAUUGAUCUAGUGACCACACACAGAAACAUGACAACUGCAGAGAACACCAAGCCUUUUUACUUCUCUCUUAAUGGCAAUCCUGAAGAAGAUGAGAAAUUGUUGGAACCAAUCAGAUAUAUUCUUCAAAUCCCUGGUAAACAGAUAAGAGCAAAAUUAGCCAAAGCCUUCAAUUACUGGCUAAAAAUAUCAGAAACCAAACUUCAAACUAUUGAUGAGAUAAUAAACAUGCUCCACAAUUCGAGCCUCGUAAUUGACGAUAUUCAGGAUAAUUCCAUUUUAAGAAGAAGCAUACCCGUUGCUCAUUCCGUUUACGGAAUCCCUGGCGCGAUCAGUGCCGCAAAUUACGUAUUAUGUAUUGCCUUAGAAAGAGUUGUUAAUUUACAACAUCCUGCGGCAAUAAUAGUGUAUUCGGAACAAUUGUUGGAACUCCACAGAGGACAGGGAAUGGACAUUUUUUGGAGAGAUAAUCUCACCUGUCCAACUGAGGAAGAAUAUAAGAUUAUGAUAAGAAGAAAAACCGGUGGUCUCUUUAAUUUGGCAAUACAAUUAAUGAAACUCUUCUCAACCUGCGAUAAAGACUUUUCGUUGCUAAUAGGUACUUUGGGAUUGUAUUUUCAAAUACGCGACGAUUAUUGCAACUUGUGUCACGGUGAGUAUACUGAAAAUAAGAGUUAUUGCGAAGAUCUUACCGAAGGAAAAUUCAGCUUUCCGAUUAUUCACGCAAUUAAAUCUAAUCCCAACGAUAGACAAAUAAUAAAAGAUAUUUUAAGACAACGAACAAAGGACAUUGAAGUCAAACGUUACUGCGUUAAAUUACUAGAGAAAUUCGGCUCUUUUAAAUAUACUGAAGAAGUGCUUUUAGAUUUGGACGCAAAAGCGAGGGCAGAGAUCGAGCGUCUGGGAGGAAAUCCGCUUUUGGUGAAAAUACUAGACGAGCUCAAAAACUGGGAUACCAAAGAAGUGCCUAAGAAUCCCCUGACUGGAACAUUUUGAAUCCAAAGAUACGCUAUGUUUAUAUAUAUAAAUAUAAUAAUAUAUAAUAUAUAUAUAUAUAUGUAUAUAUAUAUAGUACACAAAACCUCAAAAAUAUUAGAGAAAUGCAAACUUGAAAGUGAUAAACGGUGUCUGUUCUUGUUAUUGGUGAAGGCAACCAGUCAACAAGUAACAAGAGAAGUCCUUUCUCUUCUUCUUGAUAAAACUUCAACUUGAACUAAAAAAAAAAAGAAACAAAAUAAAUUAAACAUAUGUAUAUAACAUACAUAUAUUUUGGUGAAAGAUACGCAAUGAAUAGGAUAUUUAUUAGUACUCUAUAACAUUUGUACACAAUAGUUUAUCAUACAAUAAUUUAAUGAAUACAAUAUAUCGCUGUAUAUUUGAGAUUUAUUUUGUACAUUAAUACACAUUGUACAUUUGUACCUUUUCUCUGUUACAUUCCGAAAUACAUGAUGCGUCAAGAUUA